AUGGCAGAUCGGAGUUUCGAAGAGGAUGCCGAGUGGGCCUGCUACUUGCCCGACAUCGCGAACAGGCUUUACUUUGCUCUCAGUGAUCCCCCGUCGUUGGAAGUCUAUGAAGACUUCUUAGAAAUGGGAAUGGAGGCGAUGCGAGAAUGCCUGCUGGAACUCUAUGUCCAACUGCCGCUUGAAGACGAGGAUGACCUACUUGUCCUGAGGUAUGCGAUCGAUGUGUUCACAUCAUUGCGCUAUCAAGCCAUCUGGAGUCCAAUGGAGAGGAUUACGACAGGAAUCCCAUUGCGCAGCCCGCAGCCGAAAACAGAAGGACCUGUCCGACUCCUCAACAUCAGAAAUGCUCUAAACCCCGAAAAGUUCUUGGCAGAGAUAACCAAUGGCCUGGACUUUGUGACAUCCUUGAACACGACAGAGAAGCCCCCCGGCAGCCUCAGUUGGUCACGGGUAUCCGCAGUUUGGAAGAAGGCAAUGCGCAUUCCAAUCGAUCUUCAUUCUCUUGACUAA